UUAUGAGAAAACAUCGGUGACACUGACACACACUUACGCACUUGACAGUUGUCAAAAAUAUAACAAAAGAUGUUUGCAACGGCGAAUGAGUAAUAAAGGUCGUUUUAAGGAUCGCUCACCUAUUAUAUGUGCUGCUGGAAAAACUUGGGAAAGUAAUGGAAGUGUUAAAGAAUCUUUUGAAGAAUAUACAACUGAAGAACAUGUUGAUGCUAUUAAACAUGAGUUGAAAACACCAGAAAAGCCAUGUUUUCCUUACGUACCUAGAAGAGCUACUAAUUAUAGAAAUGCUGGAAUUUUUUGUGAAUCACGGGAUAUGUUUUGUACCACUAUUACAAGAAGGUAUGAAACUCUUAUUGGGGACCUUCGUGAAACAACUUACCGUUCGUUAUGGGAUAAAACUGUUGGUAGAGUAAGGGAUCCUACUGGUUAUCUUCCGAAUUGUAUGGAUCCAUUAAAGACUACAUUUGGGAGGCCGUCUGUAAAAGAUUGUUCUGCUAAAGACCUUGUGAAUCCAGACAAGGGAUUUUUCGAGGUUCUCCUUGAUAGUCAAGAAGGACACGAAUUAUAUAGAAAAAGUCACAAUGAUUAUAAUUUAAAUGAACAGAUAAAUCGAGGAUAUAUUCGACCUGCCUACAAUCCAAAUAAACGCUAUGGAAUGCGUACACAUGCUGAUCCAAAAGGAACUGGAGCGAAAUGCUGUGUAACUUGGUUUAUACAAGAUCAAAUUGGAGUUGCUCGAGAUAUUCAAGCGGAUGUCAAUGAAAAAUUUAAGAGUAAAUUAGGAAAAGGAUUAGCACCAAAUCACAAUAUCGAUAGAGUUCCGAAAGGAUUUCGAUUUGGAAAAAGGAGCGAAAGACCACUUUACAGCGUUCCGGAGUUAUUAAGAGAUAAAGAGGUGGUACCAAGUGAUUUUCGCCGGCAAUUAUUAAAAUGGUUGGAAAAAAUUAAUAAAUUGAGGAAUAAUUUGCAAAAACAAAAGGGAAAUAUUAAUUUGGAUGAAUUACGAAGAAGGUUUUUGUAUUUUGAUAAGGAAAAAACUGGAUGGCUUCCGGUUGAUAUUCUUUAUAAAAUAUGUUUAUGCCAACAUAUCACAUUUGAUCAAGAAUCUGUAUAUAACCUUUUAAAAUAUUUUGGAAUUAUGCAAGAAGAUAAUGUUGAUUAUAAUGCUUUUGUUAAAUUAAUCGAUGUUAAUGUAGAGUUUCCUAGACUCAGAAAAAUUGAUGAUAUUCCACAAAGAAAUAUCCGUUUCGUUUCGACUUAUAUGGGAUCAGGAUGUGAUUAUUUAGAAAUUGAUAACUCUGUUAAGCCACCAGCAGGAGUUGCAACUAUAAGAAUGGAUUUGGAUCACCCUACGGUUCCACCUGGUCAAUCUAAAGCCGAUUUAGACAAUUUAGGUGAUGAAACGAUUGCGGAAACUGUAAUAAACCCGAAUAUUUAUACAAAUUAUGGAUUGAAUCAUCGAGAUUUCUUUCUACCAAGACAACCUGAAUAUUUGAAAGAUCUUUUUGAAAAAGUCGGUUAUCAAUUUCCAGAUGAUACUUUUGAAAAGCUUUGGAAUUACGGCGUAAAUCUUGACAGAACUGGUUUGGUUUGUAUUGAUACUUUUGAUAAAUUGUUGGCGGCCACAAUACCACCUCCAAUUUUUAAAAAAGACGAAGAAAAUGUUUGUUAAAAAGAAGGAAUCGCAUAAUGAGACAAAUUUACCAAAAUAUAAAGUGCUUAAAAAAUUUAUUUACACAAAUUAAUUCUUAAAUAAAAGAAAAACACUUACA